AUGGAUGAAAUUCUAGCCAAAGCUGGUAGUCAAGCUGUAACGUUUGCAAUCAGAUCAGGGAUAUCUAUUGCAUCGACUUAUGCCAUAAAAACGGUUGCUACAUUUGUUCAGAAAAUACCAGAAGCAGAUGCAACGAGGUUGAAGAGACUACGGCAAAAGCUCGAAACCCGGGUGGAAAUUGUCUCUUCUGCAAUUGACUUGAUAAAACUGGUAGCUGCUAAAGGAAACACUAAUCUGGGAAGCACUUUGAAGCUCACACGGGACCUUAAGGAGGAGAUCGAUCAAUUCGACAUGAAAAUAACAGCAAUUACAGACAAUUUCAAUGCUAAAAAGAACGAAAGGGAUUCUAUUAAGGCUGUGGAGACUUAUGUCCUGGAUCUCCUCGCAAGAAUUGAGGAAGUCAUACCGUUGAUUAAUCUGUCUUUGACCACCUCGGGUGCCAAGCUGAGCACCGUGCUUCCACAACAGGUUUCGCCAGGGCGUUUGCUUCAGGCCUCCAAUUUCAUCAACAAAAACAACGAACUUUUUGUGAAUGAUGGAGGAAACGUACAGGUGGGCCCCACUUUUGAGCUAACGAUGUUUUCGGUCUUUCAGAAUCUAACAUCUGCCGACUCGAGAGCACGCGUAACAUGGAGAGAAGAUAUGAGGAAGGCUCUUUUCAGUGUCUGGAGAAAACGAAGUUCCGAACGAGAAUACGAUUAUUUCAUAAAAGUCGAAGAGAGCUUCGACGAUGGCCUGUACCAUGACACAGCAGAGGAGUGCGCGAAAGAAGUCAAAUUUGAUAUUUGGCAGGUCGUCAAACUAUUCUUCACAGCUUCUGGAAAGCUGUUGAAGCUGGAAGAGAGAAACUCACCGGUUCUUGUCUUGAAGAUUGACAACAACCUAAAAAGUCCCUCCAUAAGUGAUCCAGGCUCUUCCACCGAGGAGCUCGAAUGGCUAGCUUUUGGAGAAUAUGAGCAUUCAGAAAGCUCCGAUGAUUCUGAUGACUCCGAUGAUGAUCAGGGCGAAAGCAAAAGCGAAGUGGUCUCAAAAGAGAAAGAAGUGAGCGAUUCCAUAGCGCUCUUGGAAUAUAUCAUAAGACUCUCAUCCUUGCAGUGCAACGACCAAAAAAGCAUUCUUCAGGUGCACGAUGAGCGUCUAUCAACAUAUUUAAACGACGAAAACCCAAACUCUAUCAAGACAAAGAAGUACGAUGUGAAUGAGGUCAUAACGAGAUUAGAGAAGGUGAACCUUGAUAAAACUCAUUCCUAA